AUAUCCUUUUCGAAUUUCAGGAGCAGCAUUUCUUGCUAUUACAACCAUCUAUGCUGAAAGUGGGUCAGGUUUUGUAGUACCAAGUGCUUCUGCAAAAGCAGGAGUGGAAGCCAUGAGCAAGUCUCUUGCAGCAGAAUGGGGUAGAUAUGGACUGCGAUUUAAUGUGAUUCAACCAGGGCCUAUAAAAACAAAAGGUGCCUUUAGUCGUCUUGACCCAACCGGAACAUUUGAGAAAGAAGUGAUUGCUAGAAUUCCUUGUGGUCGGCUAGGAACUGUGGAAGAACUUGCAAAUCUUGCUGCUUUCCUUUGUAGUGAUUAUGCUUCUUGGAUUAAUGGGGCAGUCAUUAGAUUUGAUGGUGGAGAGGAAGUAUUUAUUUCAGGGGAAUUCAACAGUCUGAGGAAGGUUACCAAGGAGCAGUGGGACAUAAUGGAAGGACUCAUCAGGAAGACAAAAGGCUCCUAAGACCACUCUGGCCUUCAUCUUGGUUACAAUGGAAAUGAUACAAUCUAUGAUCUUUUGAAUUAUUUUCAAGUCUAAUAAAUUGUUAAUUAACAAACA